UCAACAUGAAAUCACCGAUGGCAAAACACUUGUGUGGUUUGUUUUGUUUGCAUCUGUGAAAAUGUUGAUUUUCAUAAAUAAAAUCAAGUGAAAGUGUCCCUUUAAACGAUGUUCCGUACCCCAAAACGUAAUAAGGGAAUAUCGAACAAUGAUGAAAUCACAACAUUAACACCAGAAAGGGCCUUAAAACCAAGAAUUCUUAAUUCAAUAGACAAAGACGCAUGUAACGGGAAUUCGUCAAACGAACUAAUUUCUGUAUCUCCCAAUGAAAACCGAAGAGGUCGUCCAAGGGCUGAUUGUUUGAAUGCUCUAAUUUUGGAAGGUUCAACAUCCCCAAGCUCGAUAAAGUGCUCCUAUUGCGGAAGGGUUUUUCCUAGGAUAAAAUCACUGCAAGCUCAUCUGAGAACCCACACAGGUGAAAAACCGUAUUCCUGUGAUUAUCCAAAGUGCUGCAAGAGAUUUGCACAAUCUGGACAAUUAAAAACCCAUCAGAGACUGCACACAGGUGAAAAACCUUUUAUUUGUUCUGCCCCUAACUGUGACCAGAGAUUUACUCAUGCUAAUAGACGUUGUCAGCUUCAUCCUGAUUUGCAGUUGAAAAGGUUCAACUCAUCAAGUAAAAUUGAAUAUGACAAAUCAAUGGAUGAAGCUCACCAUGCUGAAGUACGAGCCUGGUUGACAAACAAUGAAAAGAGAAUCAAAAGAUGCUCUUCUGGGUCGUCUGGAGAGCUAGAAACAACUCCCAAGAGGCCGAGAUCGAGAACUUACAGUGAAAAAUCACCAUCGCUGUCGCUCCACUGGCUGAGUUCCAAUGAAAACUCGAAUCACACCGAUAUAGAAAACACUCCUCCCCCUUCUGAAGUUGAUUUUCCAACUCUUGCAGUCGAUGCUGAGGACAAUUUAAGCGCCAAAGAGGAAGCAGAUUCCAGCCGAGACGACAAGGAGUUACCAAAGAAAAGAUGGCUUCGUGAGGCCACAAAAAAGGGGGACCUUCUUGAUCUUGAUAAGAAUCAUGAAGAGCUGGCCCAACCCUUGAACUGGGAUGAACCCAUUGGAAGUACAGAAAAUAACCAUAAUUCCGAAUUAUCUUGCCCCGCUGAGAAUCUAGUUAUAAUGGAAAAUAGAAAUAGGCCUUCUGUUCUUGUUUGUUUGCACGAUGGCAAGAAGAAAGCCAUGACCAAUGAUGAAAUCCAAACUGCCAUUGCCUUGGUGGAACUCAAAAAUAGUGGUAAUUCUUAUAGUAAAUGUAAUUAUAGGGUUUAAUCGUACUAAAUUAUUAAUUUAAUGGUUUUAAGUUAUCAAACACAAGAAAUAAGUACAUUUUUUUAAUAAGUGGCACUUUGCAGUAUCCUAUAGCUUCGAUUUCCCGUACUAUUACCAGUUCAUUUAAUUUAUUAUUGUUGAAUACUUUGAAAUUGAAUUCCUUGAUGGAAAUUUGUAAUAUUGUUUAUGUUUCAUAUUAUUAUGUUGAAUUGCUCUUGAUAUCUAAUCUACCUCUUUAUGUAAGGUAGCAUUAUAGAUUUUAACCUAAAAAGUACUUAAUCCACUCAAAACAAUUUUAAGAUGAAUUAAUGUACAGUAGCAACUUGAGCUGUAAUAUCUUUUGAUUAAUCAAUUUCCUUAAUUGACUUUUAUUCGAUGGGAUUUACAAAAUUUUUAUAGAAUCUUCUAUAAACCAAAAGUGUGUUUUCUGUUAACACUCAGUGGAACACAUUAUAGAACACUAAUAAAUUGUCGAAAUCGUUGGUUACCCUAGGGCAGGAAAAGUCCUACGGUAGCCAAUGAUUUUAACAAUUUCUUGCCCUAUAUCCUGUGUUUUUGUUGCUAAGGGUUCUACUUCAAGUUGUGAGUAGUUUUUCAAUGAUAUUUAUUGGUGCUUUUGUUGAUCCAGACUAUUCUAAUGAUAGGAUUUCCCUUUCUAAUUUUUCUGGUUUCAACAAAAUUUCUCGUUCAUUAAAUUAUAAUAAUUUUAUAUUAAUCCUAUUUAUGUUGUCAAAGUAUAGAAAAUCGAUGAAAAUCUUUUGAGAAGGAAUUUGAGGGAUCAAUUUAAGUUCUGAUAUGUGGUGUAUAAAUUACAAUUAGUAUUACUUAAAGACAGGAUGAACAUAUACUUCCACUCUCAAAUGAAUUUGCAGAGUCAUCUCUACUUCAAGUACUACUAUCUCUCCUCUUAUCGAUUGAUUGUUUCCUAGAAUUUUCUUAUCUUGUUUAUUGUGAUAAUACAUAGUUUUUAUCUGAAGGUUAUAUCUAAUGUAAUUAAUAUUUCACAUUAAAAAUGUACCUGUUUUGACAUAUAGCUUUAUAGAUAUGGUU